UGGAGUCGAAAAAAUGGUGGCCAGCGCGCGAGUGCAGAAGCUGCUCCGACGAUACAAACUAGCGAUUGCCGCCGCUUUAACUAUCCUCCUGGUCCAAGGGCUUGUGGUAUGGAGUCUGAGAAGUCUGGAGGAAGGCGAGGCGGAGAGAAAAAUACGACGGUCUAAGUUGCCUGACCACAACAGCCAGGACCCCAAGAAAGACACCGCACUUUGGGAAAAACAAAAGUAUUUGUCGGGGAAGAACAGGGGCAGAUGGAGCGGCAGAUUGGAGAGGACAGGGGGGACAGCAGCCAGUGCGCUGAGGAGAGGAACCAGUCGCAAAGGAGAAAAGCCCAGCAUCAGGCUGAAGUCCCACCAGGACCUUUCCAGCAGCCGUAACUUCAGCGAGAAACGAGGGGGCACUGACGGGGCGGCCAAGUUACCUUCCGCCGCCAUACUGGGGGAGCCGGGCAGCGUGGACGGGGGACACCAAGUCCCCAGCAGUGACUUUGUGCCUAAAUGUGAUAUCAUAGGCAAGGAUGCGUUGUCUGCCCUUCAUCGCGCUGGGUCACAGCAGUGCCGACAGGAAAUCGCCAACAUCGUGUGUCAGCAUCAGGCUGGGCAGCUCAUGCCGGAUGCACUCCCUCAGUUCUGCCCACAGCUCGGUGUAUCAAAUCAAGUCCAGGCCGUUGGCGAGCUGGACAACAGCUUGUCCAAAGUGGAGAACCCUGUCAGAGUGGCUUUCGUUCUGAUGGUCCAUGGCCGCGCUGUACGGCAGCUCAAGCGCCUCAUCAAAGCCAUAUAUCACCGUGACCACUACUACUACAUCCAUGUGGACAAGCGGUCCGGCUACUUGCAUCGGGAGGUCCUGCAGAUAGCCCAGCAGUACCCAAACAUACGAGCCACGCCCUGGCGGAUGGUCACCAUCUGGGGUGGUGCCAGCCUACUGAAGGCCUACCUACACAGCAUGCAGGACCUGCUCUCCAUGCUGGACUGGAAGUGGGAUUUUUUCAUCAAUCUCAGCGCUACAGAUUUUCCCACCAGAACCAAUGAUGAACUGGUGGCGUUCCUGUCACAACAAAGAGAUAAGAACUUCCUCAAGUCACACGGGAGAGAAAAUGCCCGGUUUAUUAAGAAGCAGGGCCUUGACCGUCUCUUCCAUGAGUGUGACAACCACAUGUGGCGUCUCGGGGAACGCAGUAUCCCAGAAGGGCUGGAGGUCUCGGGCGGCUCUGAUUGGUUUGCGCUCACCCGCCGCUUCGUGGAGUACGUCAUCAACUCCCAGGAUGACCUGGUGUCAGGGCUGAAGCAGUUCUAUUCCUACGCUCUGCUCCCUGCUGAGUCCUUCUUCCACACUGUGCUCGGGAACAGUCACAUGUGCGACACUCUGGUGGAUAACAACCUGCGUGUCACCAACUGGAAUCGUAAGCUGGGCUGUAAAUGCCAGUACAAGCACAUUGUGGACUGGUGUGGCUGUUCUCCCAAUGAUUUCAAACCACAAGACCUCAUUCGGAUCCAGCAACUGACCCGUCCGACAUUCUUUGCCCGCAAGUUUGAGUCAACAGUGAACCAGGAGGCCAUAGACAUCCUGGAUACUCACCUGUACGGCCAGUAUGCUCCGGGCACCAUUGCCAUCAAGGCGUACUGGGAGAGCUUGUUUGAGCAGUUGGAUGGAGUGGGCUCACUCAGUGACGUGGCUCUCACUGCUUAUACUUCUUUCUUUCGUCUGGGCCUCAAGAAUCUGGUGACUAUUCAGAGCAACAUGGAGGCCUGCAGGUUUGAACCAGUAGGCUUCCCCCUCUCGGUACACUUGUACUUUUAUGACGACCGUUUCCAAGGUUACCUGGUGCGUCAGGAAGUCCAGGCUGUGGGUUCAAAGGUCAGGGAGACACUGGAGGUGUGGGCAGUGCCCCAAGCCACGCUGGUCCUUGAGAAAAACCUCAAGGAGUUUGAAAGGCUAAAGAAUCUGGAAAUUGGCACUGACUGGGAUCCUAAAGAAAGAAUCUUUCGCAACUUUGGUGGGGUGAUCGGCCCUUUGAAUGAACCACUGGCGGUCCAGAAGUGGGCACGUGGUCCCAACCUCACUGCCACUAUUGUAUGGAUUGACCCAGCUCUGGUGGUGGCAGCAUCUUAUGACAUUACCGUGGAUGUGGAUGCAGAGUACACCCAGUACAAACCCCCACUGCAGCGUCCCCUGCGGCCCGGUACCUGGACUGUACGGGUGUUAAAACAGUGGGAGCGGGUGGCGGAGGCUCACUUCCUGGUCAUCCCCUUAACCUUCAAAGAUAAGGAGCCACUACGCAAAGAAGAGGACAGCUGGCUCCAUGCAGGUCCUCCAGGCAACUUGUACCUGGAGCAGAGCUUCCAGCAGCUGAACUCCGUGCUGAAGCUGCCUCCCCAGGAGUCUGCCAUGCUGGAGGCUCAACGUAAAGCCCAGCUGGUGGGUCAGCCCCUCGAGGCGUGGGUGGACAGCAGCAUAGGGACUUUCUGGGUUACAGGUGACCUGUGCACCACACAGACUUCCUCUUGCCCUGCUGUGAGACUGUGUUCCAAGACCUCCUGGAGCUCUCUGUCCCCAGAUCCCAAGUCUGAACUGGGCCCAGUCAAAAGUGAUGGGCGGAUCAGGUAGCCCCAAGAGAGGAGAUGCUGUAGACUUAAACACAUAAGCAGGAAGACUGAGAGAGAGAUGGACCUGCACUGGAGAUCUCCAAGAGAACCUGUGUGAACCAGAUAUUGUCUCAGAGAUCUGCUCAGACCUCAAGGGCACAUAAGCAACGAGACAUCUUCCUGCACUGAGGAGUCGAGAUAUUCUUGGUGAAAUGGAAAUUCAGAGUUAAAAGAGGACGAUACGACUGCUGGAAAUUUGCACAUAGAUGUUUGCAAGCGCAAAGACUUUUAUAUUGAUAUUUUGCUGGCACACAUUUCAGUCCAGGUCUGUUUGGGUCGCAGUUUGAAAAGAACCCUCUGUGCACGUUUGAACCCGGUUUGAACGCACAGCUUUUAGUUUUUCCUCUGCUUUGAAAGAAUCAGGAAGCAGUUGUCAAAACUCAACAACAGGCUCCUUGCUGUGUUCUAUCUUCAUUUCAAGGGAGAGUGGAACUUCUGAAUCAUAUUAUUGUGCUUAUUUUGAAGCAUUAUUAUGUAAGCAUACAGAGCAGAUAGAUAAAGUGCACUUUACUGUAAGACUAUAAUGUUACACAGAGGUCACUUGGUUACAGUGGGAGAAGUUCAAAAAGUCAAAAGGUCUCAUUACUUCAUUUUACUGUGGAUACCUGCACUGUCACUCCCCUGCACAUACACGUCCCUAAAUACUUAUAACCCGUAUUAGGGAAACAUUAAGAAAGAGGUGAGAGUUCUUAGGUUUUAUAGAGGUAGGUCUUAUUUUGUUUUUAGUUGUGUUUACUGUGUCAUAUCAUUUUUGAACAUGUGAUUUAAAUUUAAUUUUUUUUUACUUUUAGUUCCCUGAACUGGCUGUAAAGUGUUAGGUUGUCUUUGCAAAAAAAAAUGUCCACUGUUGCAAAAAAAAAAAAGCCACUCUGAGUUGUCUUUCUGGUCAAAGGAAGUGCCUAGACAGCAGCAGCAGCAAGGCUGCAGAUAGUGAGGUUGCAUUCAAAAUUCUUCUGACAUAGACAGCAAUCACAGCUCAAAACAUCGAGCUACAGCUGUAUGACCACUGAGUAAACCUGUGACGAUGAAGACCGUUGAUAUAGCAACAACCUUUAGUGAAUAAGUUUCAGUUUCAAAGGUGGUGUGCUUUUUGGCUCCAGAAUUAUUUGAACUAAAGCAACCUUGGCAAGGCCAAGAAAAUGUGGCUAAACCUUUAAAGGAAUAGUUUUGUGAAAUAUGUUUAUUCUUGUCAAGAGUUAAAUGUUGAUACUAUUCUCACGUUUGUACGGUAAAUAUAAAGCUACAGCCAACAGCUGGCUAAAGUAGCUUAGCAUAAAGACUAGAAACAGUGGGAAACCGCUAGCCUGGCUUCCAAAUGUCUCCUCUCAAUUAGUGAGCUUUCGAGGACAGAACAGAGGUACCUUCAUAUCACCAUACAGACGUGAAAGUUGUAUCACGUAUUUGUAUUUAUUUUAAAUUCAAGACUUUCAAAUAGCAGACUUGGUUAGACACAGUGUUAUACCUCCUGUUUAUCAGUUAAUAUGCAGUAUUGACGCUGUGUGUGCGCUGUUCGCCUCACAGGUUGGUCAUUGGUUCAGAUCUCAUUUCUUAAGGUGCGUUUCAACACGAAAUCCACCAAUCAAAAACGGUAAACAGACCACUGUAUGUUUGUGUUUUUAUUUUAGCGUGAUCAAGAGAAUCUAAGCUGCCUUUAUUUAGUCUAAAAGAUGAAUUGUUUACUACGGGAUAAUAGCUUCCAGAGAUGUGCAAUGAAUGCCUUUUCAGAAGAUAGCGAAACCCCCUCUGUCUGUGUCUUAGUUUUAAUUUUUACCUAGUUUUAUGUGAGCUUUUACGUUUUUAAAUACUAGUUGGCCACCGUAUGAGUUUUCAAGUGACCUUGUUUACCUUGCACAGCACAGUUGCUUCAGUGAAGCCCCAGUUUGAUAGAUACAAGAGAGCAGAGCAAUCAACCUAACAGAUGUUAUUUUUCUAUACUGUUUGAGAGGAGGAGUGUGUGUUGUCCGUUCAUCAGUGCUCUGUUAAACUAUUAAAAAUUGCUGUCUAAUUAUGUUGUGUUUGACAGUCCCACCUGUUCAGUUUCCGUUGAAGCAGACCUUACGGGGUUUUUUUUGAGGGGGUGGUGGGAGAUUGUGGUCUCCGUCCGCGCAGCAGUCCAGUUGGUGAGUCAUCCUGAGCCCUGUGGCUCUUAUGUGAGUGUUUCUGCCUGUCACUGUAUGCCUCUGGAAAAGCUCAUAGGAUAGGCAUCGUGACUGAUGACUCAAUAAAGAAAACACUUAAAUGAAA